GCUUGUCCCACUGUGCAGAGGCUGCUCUUCAGAUAACACCGGCUCCCCACACUCCUCCAGAUGUGUCCUUGGGCUGGAAAAUUAACUCAGAGCAGACAGGCCAUAAACUAGGACAAUGGCCAGAACCUGCUUCCUGCUGUUCCUCUCAGUGGCCAUUUGGAGCGCAGCAACUGCCCAGUGUCCUGCCCAGUGUCCCGCCAAGAUCCCAGGGAGCAAUACCUGUGCCUCUCCCUUCUCCUCCUUGCCUAGGAGCUGCAAGGACAUCAAAGAAAGCUGCCCUGAAGCAGGAGAUGGCCUGUAUUUCCUCAGCACCGAGAAAGGGGUCGUCUACCAGACCUUCUGUGACAUGACCACUGAUGGGGGCGGCUGGACCCUGGUGGCCAGUGUGCACGAGAACCACUUGGCUGGGAAGUGCACGGCGGGCGAUCGCUGGUCCAGCCAGCAGGGCAACAGGAUGGACUACCCAGAGGGCGAUGGCAACUGGGCCAAUUACAACACCUUUGGGUCAGCAGAGGGCGCCACCAGUGAUGACUACAAGAACCCUGGCUACUACGACAUCCAGGCUCACGACCUGGGCAUCUGGCACGUGCCCAACAAGUCCCCCCUUGAGAGCUGGAGGAACAGUGCCUUGCUGAGAUAUCGCACCAACACCAGCUUCUUCCAGAACCUGGGACAUAAUCUGUUUGGCCUGUACCAGAGAUACCCAGUGAAGUAUGGAAUAGGGAGUUGUUCCAGUGACAACGGCCCGGCUGUCCCAGUGGUCUAUGACUAUGGGGAUGAAAAGAAAGCCGCAUCUUAUUACUCACCGCUUGGUCAGAAGGAGUUUGUUUCUGGAUUUGUCCAGUUCAGGGUGUUUAAUAAUGAGAGAGCAGCCAAUGCCCUGUGUCCUGGGAUGAGAGUUACCGGCUGCAACACUGAUGCUCACUGCAUUGGUGGAGGAGGCUUCUUCGCAGAGGGCAAUCCCAGACAAUGUGGGGACUUCUGCGCCUAUGAUUGGGAUGGAUAUGGAACCCAUACUCUGUGGAGCAGCAGUCGGAGCAUAACGGAGGCGGCCGUGCUCCUGUUCUACCGGUGAGGGCUCUGUGCUGGGAGACUGACCCAGCUCCUCACCCCAGAUGCUCAGAGAUGGGAAAACUGAGUGUUAGCAAGGAGGAGGGGACAAUAAAUUACAUCAGCAUGUGACUCUGGAUUUGUUUGAAUUGUUUCCUAAAAUAGGGAAAUAAAAUAAAUAAAUAAAACACAUUUUAUU